AUGUACGACGACGAUUAUGAUCACCGCCGGCUCAGCUAUAUAACGUCCCCCCUCGGCGAGGCAAUCACAACUAUCCCGCGACACGCCGCCGCUUCCGAGUCUUCGCUCUCCCCCUCGACGCCUCCACUGCGAUCGCCAACUGAAGGACAACCGAAGCAGAGCAAUGGACAUUUACGGUCACCCCUCGUGGGCCAAAGGUCUUUUGACCGGGACAGCGAACCUGGGUCCCCGGACUCGACGCGAUCGCCCUCUGAAACCGCCACAUCUUCUUUUCCUCUGAACGAUAUUGACUACGAGUCCAACCCCGCUGCGGUAGUCCAGGAGCUGAAUAAUUUGGCUGCGAUUCGGCGCAUGUCUAUGGAUGUCGCGGCUGCAGGCGAUCCUGAUCUCCCCUCAUUUGGCAGCAACUUUUCGAUUCCGUCUCUACCGCCCUCCCCCUCGGCUGAUGAAAACGACGCGUCACGGUUAUUCUGGGUCCCGGCGAGCUUGCACCCGGAGCUGGCACCGAAGGAGUUCAAGUCAUUCCUUGAGAGUAAGGCCGAUGUGAUCAAACGUAAAUCGGGCGACUUUGCAUCGUCUUUGUCACCCGAGCGCCAGGGAUCGGGGAGCGGGCUCCGCCGAAAGCGAUCGAUGCUGUCGAAGCAGAUUGAUGAUUCCUCCGGUUAUAAAGAUGGCGCUGAGCGGUUGGAGCGUCAGCGUUCGCAAACGAAUCGACGGGAUGGGAUGUUGAGUCCAAACUUGCAGGAGCUGGAGUCUCUGGUGGACGAUACGAAGCUGGACAGCAAGGAUUUAUUGGUGCGAGGGAUGCAGAACGCGAGCAUUGCGGCCAGCGAGGAUAAACCGAUUCUACCUCCAGCACCGCCAGGCCACAGCCUACGACGAUCGACCCGGACGCAAUAUAAGAAGGGAAGCUUGAAAAAGGGCGAGAAGGUGCCAUAUUCAAAAAGGGUUGGGAGGGCCCUUUCAGAGUCUACCCAUACGGGGCCACCCGCGAUCAGUUCCCCUUCAGAGGAUCAGCCGAUCCUUGGAUCAAUUCGUGUCUCCCCAGAUCCGGCUUCCAGCACAGUAGGGCGAGCAGUUCGGUCUCCAUCUACCUCGUCCCAUGGUACAGCCUACACGCAAGGCUCUGCGACUGGCUCGACCUUCGACUCGAUUCUUGAUAAUCCCGAGGGUGAGCAUCAGGAGCAAUUCUCAUCUCAUUAUCAGUCUGAUGCAUCCUUUGAUCGAUCGGAUUCAAUCGGAAGCAAUGCAAGCUCUCAACCACGACAGUGGCAUUCUCGCAUCAGCUCCAACGGCCGCUCAACCCUGGUUACUCCCCCAACCGAACAAAAAGUUCCAUCCAUUAUCGAAACCCCUCCACCUGACAACAACCGUACACCACCAAGCUCAAGCUCUCAGCCCGCUCGAUCGCCGGAUCGAGAUGUGCACUCCCCAUACUCUGGCAAGACAUCUCCAGUACACGAUUUCGCGCCUAGCCAGCGGUCCCCGAUGGGUCGCCCACCUGGGAAAGAACCGACGUCCACUCUCGAUGAAUUUGCCAACCAGCCGCAGAUGAUACCAGGUAACAGUAUGCGGACCGACAGCCUUUCAUUCAUUCCAACCCUUCCGGAAGAGCGGAAACCAGAGGAACGCAAGUCCGAAGGGAAGAAGUCGAAGAAGGAUUCUGACGGUCGCAAGUCCAGCUGGCACUGGCUACUGGGUAGUGAAGAGAAGGAUAAGAAAAAGGAGAAGGAGAGCGAUUCGAAGAGGAAUAAAUUAAAGCAUGCCGAGAAAUCACAUAGCAAUGCGCGAAUGGACGUCUUGCAAUCGUCCAUGGACAACACGCCAAAGGGCCGGGAAAGCCUCAUACUGGACCGCCUGGAUCCGAAAUUGGAGGAAGAACGGCGUAAAGACGGUGCGCGGCGAGCUUCUGGCGAGUCCAAGAAAGAAAAGGAUGGUAUUUUCUCAUCCAUCUUCGGUGGUGGACGCAAGAAGCACAGUGGAGAGGGCCAUCACCGGAAGAAUUCAUCGCGGAAUCUCUCUCCUGACCCUCCCAUGCGGGAGUUGCGGGCUGAUGUCGAUUAUCCCUGGACUCGAUUUUCCAUAUUGGAAGAGCGAGCCAUCUAUCGCAUGGCCCAUAUCAAGCUCGCCAAUCCUCGACGGGCUCUUUACUCCCAAGUAUUGCUGAGUAACUUUAUGUACUCAUACCUGGAAAAAGUGCAGCAGAUGCACCCCCAGAUGGUUUCUUCUUCUGGCUCACAGAGGUCGUCCAAGUCUCGUGACCAACCAGAUGAGUACCUGCAAUAUCAGCGAUACCAAGAAGCCCAAGAACAACAACAGUAUGGGGACAGUGCAUACGAUGAAUCCAUGUACGACUACGACGACGAUCCGCACGAUCGUUACCAGGGCCAAGGAAGGGGUGGUCAGCAUGGCUAUGAAAAUGGCCACGCCUACAACUCGGGCCACUACGGGCAGUAUGGACACUCGUCCUUUGGCGACGACGUCCAGCUCGAUGACGACGAUGACGACGAUAUGUGGUGA